AUGGUGGUGCCCAUAGUCCUGUCAAAGGUCGUGGGCGUGGAAAAGGUGGCUUUAAGGGUAAGGCCAAGAGCUAUGCUGCUGCAAACUUCUCCACCUGCACAGCCUUUUCAGAACGUGGAUUCUCCUCAACAGCUUACAGAUAUGUAUGCAAUUGUGAAAUUGCAUGACGAGGUGCAGAAGGACCAAGAUUUCCGUGCUAAGAUGAAAGAAGCUUUGCCUACAGCAGCUUGGGCGCAUACUGUGCCAACUCUGGUGGAUGAAGAAUGGAACACUCGAACCUGCUUGUACAAUGAGCCUGGACCUUCUGGCGGAGUUGCGUAUGUUCGAAAAGAUCAGGUCAUUCCUGUCGACGCUGUUCUGGAUCAAUUGAUGCAAGGCAGUGGAUACGAACACAUAUACUACAAGGUCCACAUCAAUGACCCGCUUGCCGAUCGAUAUGAAGUGCUUUGGUUGUCGGACGACACGUCGCAUGAGGAUGCGCUCCAGCUCAACACAACAGAGAAAUCCUUUGGCACGGCUGCAGGACCAAGGUAUGGUGUCAGGUUCCUCACUUUGGAAGCUAUGGAUGCCUUCGCCACAAAGUACAAGCUAGGAGCCAAACAUAAACUUGGACGUUUUCGUUUAACAGGUGUUCCAUCCUCGGUCGGGGUCAAGGGCGUACAUGACAUGUUGCACCCUUACGGAUGGACGGUCGAGGAAGUCGAGUACGCCGGUGAGGAGUCCAUUACGUUCCUGAGCAGCAAACUUGGAACCGUGACAAAGAUGCAUUGGAAGGAUCAUCGUGGUAACAUGAACCCUGUCCAUAUCAAAGCUUUGAACUCAGCUGCCAAGCGCAUGACAGCCUCUGCAAGUCAAGUGUCUCAUGCAAGUGGCUCUCAGCGAUCGGACGCACAGAAAGCACUGUUCAACAAGCGUCCCGAGGCAAAUCAGCCCAAGACAAACAUGACACCACCGCCAAAGCAGGCCCGUACUGAAAACCAGUCUUGA